AUUUUCUUUGUGCAUGAAAAAAAAUCAAAAUACUCACAAAAAUCGCAUUAUCUCGUUUUACGCCUUCUCCAAACCCGAUGAAUUAAUAAAACUGCAACAAAGCAAUUUGCGCGUCAUCAUGUCAAGCAAGCUAAAUGCCAUGGAAAUCAAGGAAAUUGACAAAUUUGUGAAAUUUCUGGUGCUCAAGUCGACACAGGUGAUUGUUCAAUCGCGAUUGGGUUCACAAAUUCGCACGGAAGCAAAUUCCUCGAAGAACGACUGGUUCAACAUCAAUAUCUUCGAUCAACCUGACGUCUUGAGUGAAACCCGGAAAGCGCUGCAAAUCAGUUCAAGCGACUCCGUAAUUCCUCGUCUUCCGUUAUGCGUGGAAAUUUCCCUUCAAACAGUCGAGGGCGACAAAAUGAUAUUGGAGGUAUGGUCGUUGGGCAUGCAAACAGAUUUAGCAGAUCCUACGUUGAAAGCCACAUAUGCCAUCUACAAUCGGAUGGGAAUUCUACUGAAAUCGCUAAUUUCCGUGACUCGCGUUACGCCAGCUUAUAAAUUAUCUCGCAGACAAAGUCCCGAUUCAUUCCAUAUCUAUUACCGGAUCUACUGUGGGCAACCGCAGGAGCAUAAUUUGGGCGAUGGGUACAAGCAAGUGCGUGUCGGGCAACUUGCAGUGCCUCUGGGAACGAUAACUAUCUCUGUGGCAUAUCGUACAAAGAUGACAAUUACUCCGACACAAACUGUGGGUAAUAAUUCGGUGACAAUGAAGGGUCCCGAUCCGCAAUGGAACAUCGACGAUUUGAGUCCAAAGCACAAAAACAACCGAAAAGCAAGUAAAGUCAUCGAUAUCGAUCGUCCGAUGAAAAUUGGUGCCUUUGUCGAUGUCUCAUCGGCGAAAACUUUCACCGAAGCGGAUUUCUCGUUGCCCGAAACGCCGCAAUUUAGUUGGUUGAUGCGCAAACAACAACUUUCCGCAACCGCAACUUCCAAUAGUUCCACAAAUUCCCAAAAAGACUGUGACGAUCCGCUCGCUGGCACAUCGCCCGUGUCGCUAAACGAGUUUAAACGCACUUCCUCGCGAUGGUCAACGCGAACUCUUCCCGGCGAAGACGAGAAACUCUUCAAGGAACCACAUUACCCGUUUGCGACACAAGACACCCCAAUUAGUGACUUGGCGAAAUUUUAUCGCGAAUGUUUCAAUGCCCCUCCAUUGCAUCAGUUCGCGGAGCAAGAAGAACAGAACGAAAGCCCGCGACUUUCGGAGUCAAGUAACGCAGAAGAAACGAUGGAAGACACUUUAGGCGCCAAUUCUCCCGGAGCAACGACGACAAAUGUCGAACGGAAUAACAGCAUAAAUGACCUUACGAAGCAGCUGGAGCAAUUCGAGACGUCGUUAGGGGACUACGAUUCACUACUUACUUCACUGUGCCAGAAAAAUACGGAAGUUGAUGAUAAUUUGAAUAGUUAAAGUUGCAAAAAAUUCCACUUUUAGAAUAUUUUUUGAGCAAAAAUCAAUUUUUGGCUUUGUUACGAAUUAUUUACGCGAAAAGAAAAAUAAUAAUUUGUUAUUUUUUGAAUAAAAUUUUAUUAGCUUUACGAUGAAA